UGAAGUGCGAUUGGCUGGAAACAUGUCACAUGGGAACAGAUGCCUUCAGGGCUCACAAAAAACUCCGGCAUACUGAUGACAACCACAUAUUCAUGAAACGGUCAAAUUAUCGUACAUUUGGCCUUUUUUGGGAUUAUUGAUCGUACACCUGCGAUAAUUAUCGUACACCUGUCUCACUUUGAGUCUCAAAGGCCCAAUCCCAAACCGGCCCCUAUCCCCUCGCCCUAUUCACUCCCCCUCCGUUUGCGCGGUCACGCGGAGCUUCGCCAUAUUAAGGGCCGUCCCAAACCAAUUAUCGCUGAGUGCGAGUGGACUGCUCAGCCCUUGGAUAGCGAGUGUGCAUCAGUGCAGACUUCUGAUGAGCCCAGCAGGAAGCGCAACAUCACAAUGGAGGAAACAACGUACAAAUGGACAGAAGAAAAAACAAAGCAGUUAAUCGAUCUACGGAUUAAAAAUGAGAGUCUCUUCACUAAAAAGAGGAAUGCUGCAAAGCAGGAUGGGGGAAGACUGCCCAGAUUAAUGAAUGACGUUCAUCUGUAAAUGUGUGAACUGUGUCUAGAAAAUAUGAACAAGUUAAUUACUUUGAUUACACUGCACUGUAUCUCUUAUCUGACGUAUCCAAGUUUAUUUUUAAUAUAACUCAUUUUAAUUAAUAUUUAAAAAAAAAACAUUUUUAUAGCCUGUUGCUCUAUUUUGCUUUCACAAAGCGUCUGUCGGUAUCCAUGGUUACAUCUGCUUCCUUCUUCCGGUAGAGUGGCGAGGGCGUCCCAUCUGUUUGGCUUCUCUUUCACACUUCCCCUUAAUCAGGAGUGCCCUCCACAGCUGCGAGUGUAACUUGAUUUGGAGUGACACUCGGUAGAGAAGUGGUAGUGGGUAGGGAGUGGUUUGGGAUUGGGCCAAACUCUCUCUUUAGACCAACCUCUGUGCGCGCGCUUUAUAUUUCGAAUUUGUUUUGACCAAUAGCUGAUGAGCCUGAGUGCGCGUGCUCAUUGGUCCCGGCCUGGACCAAUGAGCGCCGCCCUGUCUCCGGCAGCUCCUUUAUAAGGCGGCUGUUGACAGUGUGUCAGUAUUCCUUGUUUCGCUGUGAACACACAGAGAGCUAAAAAACCAAGAUGGCAAGAACCAAGCAGACCGCCCGUAAAUCCACUGGAGGAAAAGCUCCCAGGAAGCAGCUGGCCACCAAAGCUGCCCGCAAGAGCGCCCCGGCCACCGGCGGAGUCAAGAAGCCUCACCGUUACAGGCCCGGUACCGUGGCUCUCCGAGAGAUCCGCCGCUAUCAGAAGUCCACCGAGCUGCUCAUCCGCAAGCUGCCCUUCCAGCGCCUGGUCAGGGAGAUCGCUCAGGACUUCAAGACCGACCUGCGCUUCCAGAGCUCCGCCGUCAUGGCUCUGCAGGAGUCUAGCGAGGCUUACCUGGUGGGUCUCUUCGAGGACACUAACCUGUGCGCCAUCCACGCCAAGAGGGUCACCAUCAUGCCCAAAGACAUCCAGCUGGCCCGCAGGAUCCGCGGGGAGAGGGCUUAGACUCAGCCCGCACCAGCUGAGACUGAUCUCAGACCACUCUCAGUAAAACCAACGGCUCUUUUAAGAGCCACAUACACACACACUAACAGAGCUACACGUCCCCUGACACACACUGGUAACAUCACAGCAUGCACGUGAUCAAUCCAGCAACUAUUUAAAUCUCCCACCAUCGUGCUGCGUUCAUGUGCUGUCAGUAACUAUUUAAACCUCCACCAUCGUGCUGCGUUCAGGUGCUGUCAGUAACUAUUUAAACCUCCCACCAUCGCGCUGCGUUCAGGUGCUGUCAGUAUUAGGUUUUGAUGAUCACACUUGUUCUUCUUUGAUCUCAGUCACUUCCCCCGGUGUCUUUCACUACAGUCUUUACUACACAAGGUCAAACCCAACAUUUUCAUGCCGUCUCUCCGGAUGGAGCAGGAGUGUGACGUCCACACGAGGUGACGUCACACCGUUUUACUGUUGCUUCACUAACUGUUAAACAGGAAGAGUUAAAGCUUCAGCUGGUUUCCCUCUGAUGGUUCUAAACAGUGUUAAGAUAUAAAUGUUUUUUGUAACAGUUAAAAUACACAGAAAAUGGCUCACAGUUCAGUGUGUGUUUGCA